GUCAUAAUAAAUGUCAUUCGUUCAUUUCGUCAAACAUGUAAUUGCAAAAUUUCAGUGAUAUUGUACUCAUUUUUUAAAUAACUUAUUUAUACAAAUUCCAGUUAUCUUAGCAAGCCGAACCAUCCAAACUGAAUUUCCUUAAUUUAAAUGCAUGAUUGUUUAUGUCCAUCUACACCGACUGCUGAAAGAAGAAAGCCAAUAACUACUAGUUCAAAGAAUACAAGUUGUUUUACAACAAGUGAUAACAACUGUAAUAAUAAUUGCAGCAGAUGUGAUAUAUUAUAUAGCUGUACCAAUUUUCCAGAUAAAUCCAUAUCUCAUUAUACAACUGCAACGGGUGAAGAUUGUUCUUGUCUAAAUUGUGUCUGCUCAGAAAUGGAAAUACAGAAUCAAACGUGUGACUGCGUAACUUGUGUUUGUUCGGUUUGUUUUGAAAAUGGAAAAAAGGCACCAUAUACAACCUAUAUUCCAUCAACUACAUGUGAUUGUCAAAAUUGUGUCUGCUCAGUAUGUCCUUCUCCUGCAGGCCAACCAAAAGACCGAGGAGAUAAAGGAAUUACAGCACCUCGUUCUGGACUACAACCAAUAGAACAGUCAAAGGGCCAGACUUAUUCCUUUUGUAAAUGUCUUACCUGUGAUGUAGAUGGAAGAGAACCAAAUUUUCAUAACCCACAAUUGGAAUGUAAUUGUAAUAUUUGCAAAUGCAGUCCUUGUACACACCAGGUACACACAGAGCAUACACAGAAGGUACACACAGAGCACUUUGUUGGACAGCCAAUGGGUCAUACCUCUUCCUUUUGUAAAUGUCUUACCUGUGAUGUAGAUGGAAGAGAACCAAAUUUUCAUAACCCACAAUUGGAAUGUAAUUGUAAUAUUUGCAAAUGCAGUCCUUGUACACACAAGGUACACACAGAGCAUACACAGAAGGUACACACAGAGCACUUUGUUGGAGAGUCAACGGGCCGUACUUCUUCAUUUUGUAAAUGUCUUACCUGUGAUGUAGAUGGAACAGAGUUACAAAGUUUUCAUAACCCGCAAUUGGAAUGUAAUUGUAAUAUUUGCAAAUGCAGCCCUUGUACUAAUCCAAAUAAAGCAUUAAAAACCAUUGCAUCAUCAAACACAAGAGACCUUUUAACGGACCAAUGUAAAUGCUUCACUUGUCAGGAUGCAACUAUGCACAAACCAGAUUUUUUUAAAACAAAAGUAUCCUGUAAUUGCGCAAAAUGUGAGUGCGACCCUUGCGCAGAUGAAGACAAAAGAAGACAACUUGAAACGAAACAAGGAGGAACAAUUGCUGUAUUAGGUAGCAAUCUUCCUUCCACUGGUGUCGAUUAUUGUCCUUGUACAAAUACAUGUACAUGUCUCACUUGUCAGGAUGCGUCUAUGCACAAACCAGAUUUUUUCAAAACCAGAGUAUCCUGUAAUUGCUUAGAAUGUAGAUGCGACCCUUGCAUAGCAGAGAACAAACAAAGACACAUUCCUCGUCAUAUAGAGGAAGGAGAGAAUCAAUUGGUUUGCAGUAAUGACGAUUGCCAUUGUGAUCCAUGUCCAGAUUCAACAAAAGCUGUAUACAAGAAUCAAGUAGAAAUAGUAGAGCAAACCAAAGGUGAACCAUGCGAUUGUUAUAUUUGUAAAUGCUCUAUGUGUAAAGAUCCCAAUGUAACUCAAGCGAAAGGAGAUAUAACUCGUGAGACACAAAUUUCCAAAUGUCACUGUACAAAAUGUACUUGUGAGCCAGGGGAUCCCGCAAUUCAUCCGAUUACUUUGAAAGAAGAUAAAACCAGGAAUUGUAAUUGUGUCACUUGUACUUGUUCUCCAUGCGAUUUUCCCAACAGCGCCCAACAAGCAUUGAAUUGUCAGUGUAUCGUUUGCCAAUGUAGUUUAUGCCAGUUAACGAACGAUCAACUACCUGUUAGCCCUUUAAUGCCCUGUAAUUGUACUGUCUGCAAAUGUAACCCCUGCGGCGAUCCUAAUAAAUAUAGAGACCAAAUAGACCAUGAACCCCAUUUAGCUGGUUGUGACUGCUUAACAUGUACAUGCAAUCCAUGCGCAGAUCCAGCAGUGCAAAGAAGCAAACAACCUGAUCAGCUAAUCCAGGAAGCUGGCCACCCACAGCAAUUUGGAGCACAUGAAAUGAAAAAUUGCAACUGUGUUCAAUGCUGCUGUAAAGGUUCCACUGCGGAGCAAAGAGAGAAGAAAGUUGAUGCAACUGAUGAAGAAGUCCCGUGUUCUUGCCCGAUUUGUAUGUGCAAAAAGGAUAAAAAUACACAUGGGAAGGGAGACGAAAUAUAUGCAGAUGAAAAGAUGGUAGAAAGUAAAUAUAAAAGUACUCCUAGCUCUAAAUGUACCUGUGAAACAUGUAGGUGCGGCGACGGUACCAAACAACUCGCUAAAACUGAUGUACCUAUUCAAAUAACCAGAUCAAUUCAUGACCGUGAUUGUAUUUGUAAAGAAUGUCUCUGUGAAGAGUUACAAAAGACUUCUACAAUAGAGUUUGUAAAAUGCCAUUGCAGUACCUGCAACUGUGUAGACUGUCUUUUUAGACAACCAGAACCUCAAAGAAAGAUUCAAGAUAGAACAAUUACAAAAAUCCCAACUCACUGCACUUGUAGAGACAAAAUGGCCAAUGAAUGUAUUUGUAAAGAAUGUAAGUCCUUCAGUGACGUUAGCACUGAAUUGGAUGAUAAAGCAACAAAUUCACUUUGCAGCUGCAGUGCUUGUUCAUGCUUGACGUGUCACACCAAAAAAGUUGAAAACAUUGAAAAUAUGAAAUGUUAUUGUGAAAAAUGUAAGUGCGAGAAUUGUAAAUUUAUUAAAUAUCAAACUCGAGAAUUCAAUAUCAAAGAAGAAUUAGGUGACAACAAAAAUCUUUGUACGUGCAGUCCUUGCAGUUGUACUGAUUGUGUUUUAAAUAACAAAAUAGAAGGAAAAGCUAUCAAAAACAAUAAUCCUUGCCCUAUUUUAGAAGCUAAAUGUACGUGCGUGGAGAUUCCAAUGUCACAACCAACACGUAUUGAACAACAAUCAGAAUAUGUACCAAAUGUUCCGAAAAUGAAACAACAUCAUUCGUAUGCUGCUUAUCACGCUUUUGUUGACCCAAUUCAUGUUCACAAAAAAUUACAGAACCUUACAUCUUUACCAGAAACCGAAAAAAUUAAAGCAGCAAAAGGUCAAAAAAUUGAGGCAGAAAACUUAUAUAAUUAUUUGCCAAUCUUGCUUCCACAAUCAGCAAUGCCAGUUCGGACACAAGCAAAAAGAAAAAAGAACUAUAAAUCAUCAAAAAGUAAGAAAGCGCGAGGGCUCACUAGGAGUGCAGAGUUAAGUAGGUUUAAGCAAUUUGGUCUUUCUAGAUCCAAACCAAUACCGUAUUCUGAGGAAGUGUUUCCUGUUUCUCAGAGCGAUGUAACGAACAACCGUACUAUCUUCCACCAAUUAGAUCCAAAUCUACCAGAAAAACCUUACGACCUUACAGGGAACAACAAGUCUUUUCUUAAAGACAAAUGCAAAUAUGAGGAACAAAUCAAAAUCCUUAAAAAAACUCUUAACAAAAUUAAAGGACUGAAAGAGAAAUAUGCUCAUAAUUCACACAAACGGUCUGUAUUUAAAAAAUCGUGCGAAUACGAAGAAUCUAUAUCAGAAAUUAGUACGGCUUUCAAGAAUUUAAAGAAACACUGUAAAGCUGAUGACAAAACAAUUAAAGAACUAACGGAAGAACUAAAACGUUAUACGAGCAGCACAACAUUUUUCAACAUCUCGACCAGUGUUCAACAAGAGAGUGAAUAUGAUCAUACUGUUACAGAACUGAGCGUCGAUAUUCAACAACAAUUUCCAUGUUACAAUCCUCUAAGAACAUCCGUACCAAAUAUUCCAGUAGUACAGCAGGAAACUGUUAAAAUUAGACCUGCAACCGCUACACUUGGGCAACGCAGACGAGGCAAUAUUUGCGAUUGUGCUUUGUGUACUAAUGCUCAUCCUGAUAUUUACUCUAAUACUGGGUACAAGAUAAGCUCACGACAUAGCAAAUUAAUCCGAACAAUAAAUUAUGACACUUUUAAUAAACCUAAUACAUUAUCUCAUAAUCUUGCCCUGACAUGUAAAGAGGACAAAAGAGAAUCAGAAUUUCCACCGUAUUAUAUUUUACAACCUUACUGUCUAACAAAAGAAAAUAUUCCUGUAGAAUGUGAAAAUCACCAUGAAACGGAAAUGAUAAACGCUCCUGACUUUGUGCAACCAGCUGCUGGUUUAAAUGAAACAGUUAAUACCUGGAGAAACAAGUGUGCAACGGAUAAUGCAAAUGAUAUUAAAAUGACAAAGAACGUUGAAACACAAAGUUUUGAUAGACCAAAAUUUAAUGGUGUAGCUUGCAAAUGUGGAAAAUACCACAAAGAUAACAGAUUUGUAAACCUAACUGGAUUCAAAGUGAUUAACGUUAAAAGGAUAACUGUAGAUAGUAUUGUGGUAGAAUGGAAAUGUCCAAAAAGUAAAGCUGUCACCGGCUAUGACAUUGAAAUUAACGGGAAGCAAAAGUCUAAGAUCUUAAGUGGCUGGAGAACGUGUGCCAUGAUCCACUCCGUUGAUCUUUCUUCUGUAUUAUAUAUUUCAAUUUAUGCAAUAACACCCUGCGGACGAUGUGAACCACCAGCAAAGGCUAUUUACGAAAUUAAACAAAAAUCAAAGUGAUCAAUAUUUAAUUACUUGUCUCGUGUGUCUUGUAUCAUUUUUUCAAUUUUUUUUAAUACAGAGGCCUAAUUUGAUA